UACUAAUAAUUUUUCUCAAAAUAAUAAUAAUAAUAAUAAUUAAUAAUAAUAUAUAACAAGUUCAGGUCUUCAACAAAGUCAAUUUCCCUCUCUCUCUCUCUUUUCGUCUGCGUGUAGAGCUUAAGCAAAGAAUCCACUUUCAUGGCUAAUAGGCACACUAUAAUUCUGAUGCAGACCUCCCACAAUAGAGCAACUAGAACGUUUAUGGAUUAUGAUUCAAUAAAUCAAGCUAUGGAUGGCAUAUGUGGACUAUAUGAACGGAAGCUCAAGGACCUAAAUCCAGCCAUAAGGAAUAUCACCUAUGACAUUGCAGAUCUCUAUAAUUUUAUUGAUGGCCUUGCGGACAUGAGUGCUCUAGUUUACGAGCACUCAAUUCAGGCAUAUCUACCGAAUGAUAGACAGUGGAUUAAACAACGGAUGUUUCAACACCUUAAGAAAUUGGCACACAGUAAAUGAAAUCCAUGUUGAUCAAAGGACCUACGAAAAUGUUAUGUAGAAUUCAAUCCUUGGAAAAGAUAUAGAUAUGAACAGCAGACUCAUUCGGGUAUUGGAUUGGUUCCCAAUGUUGUUUAUUGUGACAAUACUAGUCUCCGUCACUUUGCUUUUUCACUUCUAUCACUAUGGGCGUAUAUAAUAAACUAACAGUGGCAGUUCCUCGCUUACUGAUGAGAAGUGGUCAGUGUAUCCUUUGGCAUUGUACCAUGUUGCAGUUAUACUUGUUAUUUAAUGCAGUUUUAUGGGCUUGUUCAUUUUCA